AGAUCACUUUCCAAUUUUAUGGCAUCUCAGUUAGGUAGUAUUGUUUGGGUCGUCUGCACGUUCGCUGCGCUCUGUCCUCCAUCUACUUGAUACGGAUACACGGAAAGAUUCUUCAACUACCGCUGGAAUGCAUUUUGCACGUCGUAAGACUGAUCAAUAAAUAAGGGAGACUAACUGGCAGCUCAUACAUAUCAACAGAAUUUCGUGGAUUGUUAUCUUUGAAAUAUACUUCAUGCCAGCUUUUGUUCUUCUCGAUUUAAGCCGGGAAGCGUGCUGUUAUUUACAACGGCUUUUGUGAUGGACCUGGGGUGAAUUUCACUUUAAUGAGGGAAACGAAUGAGCGGUUGAUGAGCCAGCGGAGAUGUACAAUGGUGUUAGGAUGAAUUAGUCAAUCGUCCUUCUCUUUGAGUCGUCGAAUCGAUGGCGCCCAUUGUCUAAGGACACAAGGACAGAGGGUCGAUCUUACCGACUCAUCCAAUCUCACUCUCCACCACCAGUCACCGCCACAAUCACUCUCUCUUUUCGUCCAUGUCGGGAUUAUUGGCGUAUUUCUCGAGGCUUACUUACGGAGAUAACCACUUUCAGCUUUUACUAAGCCCCGGAAUUUAUGAUCGUUGAGGAUUAUCAUAAGCUUAUGCUCAGGUCCAGACGAGAGCACCACUUGUUCUACAUGAUUACAGACGCCGAGUAGACGGAACAGUCGGAUUGUACGGAUUUAUACACAUCUCUGAGUAGCUCUUGGGGAGUUUGUUACGCGAUAUGGUUGAGUCGUAUUGGCAAUUGGUGCAUGGACAUCAUUUCCGGUGAAGUGUAUCGCCUACGAUGGAGGAUCAAAGGACGACCUCCGCUCUGAUAUCGACGCUGAGUGUCGACGCAGCAGCUGAUGAACUCUCCAUGUCGGAGUACGACUACUCUACGGAGGAGCCACCCGCCGACCCGGACGGGGGAAUGCCCAUUGUGCAGAUGGUCCUGAUUGGACUCGUGCUCGCGCUCAUCAUCGUUACCUCUAUUUUCGGCAACAUCCUGGUGUGCGCUGCCGUGGCAACGGAAGAUAAACUCCGGCGGACGGGGAACCUUUUUAUAGUGUCGCUCGCCAUGGCGGACCUUCUCGUAUCAUUCCUCGUCAUGCCGUUCGCGAUGUUCAAUGAUCUCUUAGGUUACUGGGUGUUCAGUCAUCGCUUCUGUAACGUUUGGGUGUCAUUUGACAUCAUGUUCAGUACGGCAUCCAUUUUGAAUCUGUGUGCCAUCAGCGUGGAUCGCUACAUACAUAUCAAAAGACCCUUUAAAUACUACCACUGGAUGACAAAAAGGAUGGUCAUAGCAAUGAUCUUGUGUGUAUGGGGCAUGUCUGCACUCAUUUCAUUCAUUCCAAUUCAUCUCGGUUGGCAUAAGGAUGCCUCGGAUACCAGUGCAUCACUCCACCCCUCAGCGCACCUGUUCCCUCUCUCCGCCAACCUCUCAAACUUCACCCAUCCUGACAUGCAGACAUUGAGCCCUAAUUCAAUCACCGUCUCUCAUCUUCACCCCCCUGACACGGAUCCGGGGGAUGAUUACUUCGAGUGUGCGCUGAGUCUGAACGCUACCUACGCUGUCUUCUCCUCUUUAAUAAGCUUCAUCAUUCCCUGUUUGAUUAUGAUCAGUAUCUACGCGUGUAUUUUCAAAGCGGUGAGAGAGCGAAUGAGGAACGCUCGCCUCGGCCGCCUCGGCAGCAGUAAAAACCAUCAUCCCGACACGCAGUACCACUGUAACAGUCAAGCUGCCUCGGACCACAAAGCAGCCAUCACGUUAGGUAUCAUCAUGGGUGUGUUCCUCAUGUGCUGGCUACCUUUCUUCAUCUACAACAUCGUACUUCCAUUAUGCGCCUCCUGUUUGUUUAGCGAACUAGCUUUUAAGAUAUUAACCUGGUUAGGCUAUUUUAAUUCCUGCCUCAACCCGGUUAUCUACAGUAUUUUCAAUCAAGAUUUCCGCAACGCGUUCAAGAACAUCCUCUUUUACCGCAUCGCCGGAGUCCUCUGUCGGUGCUGGGACAAACGACCCAGAAAGCGCCAUCGCGGUCACCAUUCGAGUAUCACCAAAAGGACCAGACCUAACGACAUUAACGGUCGCGUCAGGUUUGACGCCCCAGCUUACGGGUUAAGAGCUCACAGAAAGACGAACAUCAGUGAUACCUCUCUUGAGACAAUACGCGAGAAAAUCUCCCCGACGUGAGAAUGAUGAAUGAAAAUAAGUGAAAAUAAUGUCAUCGCAAAGGCUUCACGUUGUUAGGCCAAAAUAAUCAUAUUUCUUCUCUUCAUUACUAUCGUCAGAGUUUGUAACUAUCAUUCUAAAGAGUCUACCUUUGUAUUAUGUAUAUAGGUUCUUAACUGUAAAUAUUGAAUAAGAAUAGGCUAUCUAAUGACAGGUUGUUAUAAUAUAUGUUUACAUUUUUUGUACUUCACCGCAGGUUUGGUGAUGACUGAAUUCGAUGUUAAUUAAUCUAGUCUCCCGUGACGAAAAAACUGCAUGAAGCAUAUGGAAGAUAUACAUCCCCUAUCCCUGUCUGUCAGUCCAACUAUUGAUCCGUAACAAAAUUAAAGAAUACAAAGGCAAUGUUUUCUCGGGGGAAGGUCGAAAAAUAUCGAACCUACUCUCCAUUUAUUUCAGAUAUUAUUGACGGUACCCUGCGAUAUAAAAUCGUUAUGGUGAUGAAAUCUUGUAUGCAAUAUAAAAACUAUCAGAACGAUAAAAAAGCGGUGGGCGUCCAAGCUCAACUAUAUCGGUUACAUAAUAUAUUAUAAAGUUUAAUAGAUAAAGUUCAUAUGAUACUAGGAUGUGAAAAAAAACAAAAAGGUCGCAAACAAUUAAAAAUAAAUGUUCAUAAGAGAAAGA